AAACGAACGAGUCAUUCCGUCGCACAAACGCCGCAGCCUAGAAACAGAUCGCCAUCACCGAUCGUUCCGCCGAUUGCGAUCGCCAUGGCCGCCAUGGGCUGGUCCGACCUCCCCUCCGAUCUCCUCACCGACAUCGCCGGUGGGAUCACCGAGCUCGCGGAUAUCGCUCGGUUCCGCUCCGUCUGCUCCUCCUGGCGCUUGGCGGCGCGGGCCGCCGCGGCCGCCCCGCCCCCGCAGCCGCCGUGGCUUCUCCUCCCGUCGUCCCCGUCCCGACUCUUCUUCUGCCCCCGGGAGGACCGAAUCUACCCGAACCUCCGCUUGCCCCGCCCCGACGCGGCGACGCACCACCACCGCCGCCGCCGCCUCUACGCGUCCCCGCAUGGGUGGACCCUCGCCACCGACCCGACAGAUCAGACUGCUUCCCUCGUCCACCCCUUCACCGGCGCGACCCGCCCGCUCCCGCCGCUCCCGGCCUUCUUCGAGGAGACCGACGACCUGGCCUGGGACUGGUCUCCGCACGGCGUCAUGGUGUCCUGCGGCGAGGGCCUCCUCUUCUGCGCCGCCGACCCGACGACGGCCGCCUCCUGGGCCCCGAUCCCCGCUCUGGCCGACUGCAACGCCAGCAGCAUCAACUACGCCGGCGGCGAGUUCUUCGUCUUCGAGGAGGACGUCUGCCGCACCACCGUCGUCGACGCGGUCACCCUCGCCGUCGCCUCCGUGAUCCAGCCCCCCGCCGCCGUCGAGGUCCCCACCGAGGCGCGCGUCGCGGUCGCCGGCGACGAGCUCUUCCUCGUCGUCAAGUCCAAGUGGAUGUACCUCUUCGGCGACGACGUCGACUUCUCCAAGGCCUUCCACGUCAACCACCGCGGCGUCAAUCCUGUCUGGCAGGAGCUCACAGGCAUCGGCGACCGUGCGCUGUUCGUGGAUAAACUCCACGGGUUUGCAGUGCCGACGCCGGGGUUCGGAAAUCUUGAGGGCAACACAAUCUAUUCAGUGAGCAGCAAGGAUGUGAACAACAAUAGGCGUCACACUCCCACCACGGUGAACUACAGCGUGUCGGCAUUUAGCCUUGAGAGCCGUAUCUCCAAGAAACUUGUGUGCCUGCUCAACGGCCGGGAGAUGGCGAAGCGUGGUGAGACGGCAUCGUGGAUCGUACCGAGCUUGGAUGAAGGCUGACUCUGCAGAGCUUGGACAUCAUCAUUAUUGUGGAAUCAGUGUUGAUAUAUGGCUCUAGGUAAUUUAUUCGGUAUCCUUGCAGUUGCUAUAGUUCUUUGAAGUUCGAACCAGCAAUAAUCCCCUUCAAUAUAUAAGUUCACUCCUGUAAAUUCUUAAUUCUGUCGAUUAUAUAGAUUGAUUAAAGUUCUCUUGAUCAAUCACGCAGUCCCAAUAUAUGUGAGUCAUAUUUGUUGGAAAAUUUUCCGUCAAAUUCAGUUUCCUCUGUUAAUGUUUUAAUAAAGGAUUGUAUGUUCUGUUCAUUUCAAGCUCAAUAAAAGUUUGUUAUAUCAGA